UGGCUUACUUUGGUGUGAUACCUUACACAGCCAGGCUAGCGGCUUUCAGUUAUCACACUGGGCACUGGGUGGUGCUGACAGAGUCAUUGUGGAGGACGUUGUUUUCCACAAAUCCGCAUUACUUCCAUCCUUUCUCUAUCUCUCCUCGUCUCAUUCUUUUUUUUCCCCCCGUCGGCUCGUUGCGGAAUUCCAAGUGGUUGUUGAAGCUGCAAGCUAGCUAGCUUGUAAGCUAGCCGCUAAACAUCAUCGGCACCGGCUUCUUUUUGAACAGAGGAAGCAUCACCAGGCCCGCCGCCAAAUUGUGUUUCGGCGUUUAUCCAGUGAGGCCCACCUGGCUUAUCACCCGGAGAGAUGUAUCAAAUCCCUGUGAACGACUUGACAAAACUCAGGAAAGCCAGGAAACAAGUGAAAAUUGCACUUGAAGAUAUUGGACUGGAGUACUGCAAGGAGGCGGUAAAUGAAUUCAAGGAUUUUAGUCCUGGUGAGAAAAUUUUCUAUGAGACGCUCUACACAGAUAUCUGUGUCUGGCAUCCUGCAUACUCUAAAAUACAGGACUAUCGAUCAAGGCCUUAUUGCUGCAGAGAGUGUCGGUUUUCUUCCGCAACCUACGCGGGUUACAAGAAUCACUUCCGCCAUGCACACAAGAAAAUCAUCCAGGAUCGAGUUCUUCUUAACUGUUCUUAUUGCACAUUCAUUGCAAACAGGAGAACAUUGGAGAUUCAUGUUAGAGUAUUCCACAAGGACAAAUUGGACCAGCAGAUUUCACGGAUUAAUGCAGUCAGACAGAGACAAGUGGCCUCAAACAAGCCUGCCCUUGGUUCGGCAAGGUCUUUGUACUUUUGCAAAAAAUGCACUUACCGUGACAGUCUCUACAAUGCUGUAAGAAAGCACAUCUACCGGGAACAUUUCAAGCAUGUUGUCGCUCCGUAUCUGCGUAUGAUUCCCAAAUCAUCAGUUCCAAACGGUGGUCCUUUUAACGGGGACAACAUCCUUUGUAAACGCUGCAAGUUUACCACGAAAACCUAUGAGUCGCUGGUGCAGCAUGUCAUAGAAUAUCAUGAGCGCAUAGGCGCUCAGGUAACCACUAUGAUUGGACACGCAAAUGUUGUUGUCUCCAAUUUGCCAAGCAUGUCCCAGAAGUCUUCUAUGAUUAUCAAUGGUGGGUCCUCACUCGCAGUUAAUGCAAAAGCACAACCAGUCAUUGGCUACUUAAAGCCACCGGGUCCUGCAUUUAAAAGUCAGUCUUUGAGUGCAGCCAAACAGGUUGGCGUUAAAGCUUCCCCCAGCACUGUGCCCGACAGUAAUGUCCCUGGUGUCAACACAUCCCAGACACAGAAGUGGAAGAUAUGUACAGUGUGCAAUGAGCUUUUUCCAGAGACACUCUACAGUGCUCAUUUUGAAAGUGCACACAAGGCAAGGAUAGUGUGGGCAAUGGCCAAGUAUAUCAUGAAAAUCCACAACUUUACCAGCAAGUGUUUGCUUUGCAACCGCUACCUGCCCAGCGAUACACUGCUUAACCAUCUGCUAAUACAUGGGAUCACUUGUCCACAGUGCCACUCUGCUUUCCACAGUGUUGAGAAACUCCUUGAGCAUGAGCGCCAGGCUCACCUCACUGUUUUUGUAGGACCGCCUGGAUCAGCACCGCUAACGUUUGAUCUCACCAUCAAGCAAAACGUACAGCUUCAUGUUCUCACCUUUAACAUGAAAGAGUCUGAUAGCAAAGAUCCGUCUGUCACUCCUCUUGUCAAAGUGACGCCUUCCAUUGCAGAAAUGCAAACUCAAGCGCUUGAAAGUAUGUGCUCCACAGAGAGGGAUUUUAAUGACUCUAGCAGGACCAUGUGUCCGCUUUGUUGCACCAAUGUGAAAGAUCCUGUGCCGAAUGCAUUGGCCGUUCACCUAAGGCAGCGACAUCAGGUGCUCCAAACAAUGCAUCCUGUGGAAAAGAAGAUGACAUACAAGUGCAUCCAUUGCUUGGGAGUCUACACGAGCAACAUGGUGGCUUCCACAAUUACGCUGCAUCUUGUCCAGUGCAGAGCAGUAGGAAGGAAGCAGGCGAGUCUAGGUGCCAAGUCGACCUUGACACUUAAUUCAUCAGGGAUGAGCAUGCUCAAGAGGCCAAUGCCACCACGUUUAGCAUCGUACUCCAAGAAGAUCAAACUAAGUGCAGAGUCAAUGCUUCCUUCCACCACUGGAAAGAAAACUGGUGCUGGGGACCUCUCUCUAGAUCCCAAUGCGCACAAGACAUAUGAGGCUCGUAAAAACUUCCUAAAAUCCUAUUUCAAUCAACGGCCUUACCCUUCCCCCAAAGAAGAAAAGAAGCUGUCUGCGAGUCUCUGGAUAUGGAAAGCUGACAUCUGCAAGCACUUCGCAAUUUUGCAAAAGGAAUGCAAAAGUUGGUGUGAGACCUCAAACGUGUCUGUGCUGCUUGGAUUUGACAUGCAGGCCCUAAAGACAGUGAAACACGACAUAAUCUUUAAGAACGUCCAGAUUGAAGGCACUUCAGUGGGGAGGCCUGGUGGACUCAAGUCUGGUAUUCCAAACAUGGCUAAAAAUCUUAAGGGUGUCUCCUCCAGCUUGAAGAACACAUGUACAGAGCCCAUCCUAAUUGACUCAGACAGUGAGCCAGAAAUCCAACAGACACCUGUUGCUAAGAGAAAUGGUGACUCGGACCUGCACAAGAGUGGAUCCCAGUCGACACAGACGGGAGAGAAUCAGCUGGGCGACUCGACACAGACGGCAGAGAAGCAGCUGCGCGGCUCGACACAGACUGAGGCAAAGCAGCCAGGUGACUCGACACAGAUGGAACAGAAGCCACCAGGUGACUCGACACAGACGGAAGAGAAGCCGCCAGGCGACUCGACACAGACGGAAGAGAAGCCGCCAGGCGACUCGACACAGACGGAAGAGAAGCCGCCAGGCGACUCGACACAGACGGAAGAGAUGCCGCCAGGCGACUCGACACAGACGGAAGAGAUGCCGCCAGGCGACUCGACACAGACGGAAGAGAAGCCGCCAGGCGACUCGACACAGACGGAAGAGAUGCCGCCAGGCGACUCGACACAGACAGAAGAGAAGCCGCCAGGCGACUCGACACAGACGAAAGAGAAGCCGCCAGGCGACUCGACACAGACGGAAGAGAAGCCGCCAGGCGACUCGACACAGACGGAAGAGAAGCCGCCAAGCGACUCGACACAGACUGAAGAGAAGCCGCCAGGCGACUCGACACAGACGGAAGAGAAGCCGCCAGGUGACUCGACACAGACGGAAGAGAAGCCGCCAGGUGACUCGACACAGACUGAAGAGAAGCCGCCAAGUUACUCGACACAGACUGAAGAGAAGCCGCCAAGUUACUCGACAAAGACGGAAGAGAAGACGCCAGGUGACUCGACACAGACGGAAGAGAAGACGUCAGGUGACUCGACACAGACGGAAGAGACGCCGCCAGGUGACUCGACACAGACGGAAGAGACGCCGCCAGGUGACUCGACACAGACUGAAGAGAAGCCGCCAGGCUACUCGACACAGACGGAAGAGAAGCCGCCAGGCGACUCGACACAGACGGAAGAGAAGCCGCCAGGCGACUCGACACAGACGGAAGAGAAGCCGCCAGGUGACUCGACACAGACUGAAGAGAAGCACCCAGGUGACUCGAUACAGACGGAAGAGAAGCAGCCAGAUCACUCGACACAGACGGCAGAGAAGCAACUGCAUGGCUCGACACAGACGGAGGCACAGCAGUCCGGCGACUCAACACAGACUGAAGAGAAGCAGCCAGAUGACUCCACACCGACCGGAGAGAAGGAGGCAGUAAACACAGAAGAGCCCUUAAGCGCAAAUGAAAUAUCUUUGCAAGAUGAAAAUGUAAACAUCUGAAAUUUUCCAUUUGUGUCUGUGCUUGGGAAGUGUGCCUUGUUAAUGUUGUCUGAAAGAUCUGUUUCCAUUGUUGUCCAAUAAAAUUGCAUUUCUCUCCAAAUUUGUUACGCACUUAUAUUCAAUAAACCAAUGUUUUUUGUCAUUUUAAAAAUGGAGCAGCAUGCUUUUAAUUGGACAACAAUGAUGCGAAAUGGCCCACAAAUUUGCAGUGUUCCAGUGGUUCAUUGUACUGUAUAUACUUAAUGUUCUUUAACCCCCCCCCGAAACCUGUUCGCCUACAAAAGACAUGGUCUCAUUUCUCAGAGAUAUAUAUUUUUCAACUGUAUUAAAUUGCCAAUAUUCAUUUGGAAAAUGUAUAGUAAUUGCUUAUGUUCACAUUUUCAAUAAAAACAAAAAACU